GUCGUCCCGUCCGCUCGGUGAAGAUGUCUGCGACGGGUACAGGCGGCUGCGGACCCGGACCCGGACCCGCUUCGGGCGCCGGGUCCGGGGCUUCCAACCCCCGAAAGUUCAGCGAGAAGAUCGCGCUGCACACCCAGCGGCAGGCCGAGGAGACAGCCGCCUUCCAGGAGGUCAUGAUGGACAUCACUUCCACCAGGCUGCAGGCUCAGAAGGUUCGCCUGGCGAGGAAUCAGGGGCCGUACUACGGCGGCUCGCUGCCCAACGUCAACCAGAUCGGCAGGAAUCCUCAGGACUUCCAGGGCUCGUUCCCCUCCACUCUGGAGUCCAAUCGCUCGACCCGACAUCACGGUCUGGUCGAGCGAGUGCAGAGAGAUCGCCGUUUCAUCUCGCCGGUCCGGCCGUACCGCAACCGACAAGUGGACAGCUCGCCGUAUAACUCCGCCUACCUUUCCCCGCCCCCCGACCCCAGCUGGAGGAGGAACUGGUCCGGAAACAUCCCCGGGGAUAAAAGCCAGUUGUUUCGUCUCCCCACCACAGCACUCAACAGGACCAACUCGGACUCGGCCCUCCACACCAGUGUGAUGAACCCCCCCGCUGGAGACCCAUUCACCACGGCGGGACCCACGCUGACGCCGCAGGCCGCCAGACGCACCGGUCAGAGCGACGGCGAGGCCAGAAGAAUGUUUCCGUACCCGGUUCCCCCCAUCGAGGAGAACGUGUUGGAUGAAGGCAAACUGCUGAAGCCCUGGGACACCAAGAAGCUGCCACUGCUGUCGUCCCGACCCAAAUCCUGUGAAGUCCCCGGCAUCAAUAUCUUCCCCUCCCCGGAGCAGCCGUCCACCCCGGCGCACGGCGUUCCCUCGGCCCUGAACACGGGCGGCUCGCUGCCCGACCUGUCCAGCCUGCACUUCCCCUCCCCGCUGCCCACGCCGCUGGACCAGGAUGAGCCCGGCUACCCAGGAUCCUCCUCUCUGAGCGGGGGCAGCAGCACGGGGAACCUGGCCUCCACCCUCACCCAGCUGGGCAUCAACGCCGCCGCCGGGCCGGGGGGCAACGGAUCCUUCCACCACCACACACCCGGUCUCUUGGCGUCUCUACAGAGCACGCUCAGUAACCCCUCCCUGCAGUCGUCGCUAAGCAACCCCAACAUCCAGUCCUCACUCAGCAGCCACUCCUUUUCCAACUCGCUGAGCUCCGCCUCCCUGCACUCGUCGCUUAGCAACCCCUCCCUGCAGUCCUCGCUCAGCUCCUCCCCCUCCCUGCCGUCCUCCCUCAGCAGCCAAUCGCUGCACUCCUCGCUCAGCAACUCGUCCCUGAGCGGCCAGUCCCUCCAGUCGGCGUCCAGCAGCAACCCCAGCUACAGCGGCGGGGUGGGCGGGACCGGCUCCCCCUCCUCCUCCUACUCGCCGCUGCUCAGCGGCCAGAGCCAGCCGCCACUCAGCACGUCGCCACGGAGACGGGUGCAGCUCUCGCCUCUGAUCCUGCCCAUGGGAGGAGAGACACGGAGACAUCACUCCAAGCAGUUCUCACCCACCAUCUCCCCCACACUGUCCUCCAUCACACAGGGCGUUCCUCUGGACACCAGCAAGCUGCCGCUGGACCAGAGGCUGCCCCCCUACCCCUUCAGCCAGUCCCACCAGCACCAGCCCCACCAGGCCGGCCAGCAGCACCACCAGCAGCUGCACCGCCUGCAGCAGCAGCCGCCGCGGCCCAGCAUGCAACAGCAACAACAACAACCUCUGCAGCAGCUCCACCUGCACAACCUCCGCAACGCCCACAACCAGCAGCUGCAGCAGCAGCACUUCGCCCCGCAGCAGAGACCCUCAGCGCCGCAGAGCAGCAGCACUCUGAUAAAAAGUGAAGGCGUGUUGGAGCAGAGCUCCCAGGGCUCCCAGGGCUCCCAGUGUCUGGUCAAACAGGAGGCGGAGCAGCAGGCGGAGCAGAGGGGCGGCGGCCUGCCACACCUGCAGCACAUCAGCCACAGCCUGGCCUCCGACCUCGGACUCUACAACGACUCUCUGUUCAACUCUCUCCUGGACGAUCCUUACCUGAGCCUGCAGCUCACCGGCAGAUCCAACCAGCAGUUCACCAUGGAGAGCCAGGGCGACGGCCUGUCGCUGAACCACUCCGGCCUGGGCUGCGGCAGCGCUGCCGACAAGAGCCAGUACCCCCCCGGCCCCCAGGGCUCCCUGGACCUGCAGGACCCCGGAGACCAGCAGCUCCUCAACAACCAGAACCAGAACUACAGCGGCGGCGAGGGGCGGCACAACGUUCCCAACAUCAUCCUCACCGGUGACUCUCCGCCCGGCCUGUCCAAGGAGAUCGCCAGCGCCAUGUCCCACGUCCCGGGGUUCGAGAUGGACCCCUUCUCCCUGGACGACCCGCUCCGGAUGGACCCGCUGGCCCUGGACAUGCUGGACGGCGACCUGAUGCUCGCCGACCCGGCCGUGGAGGACUCGUUCCGAUGCGACCGGCUGAAGUGACCCCCGCCGCCGCCGCCUCCCUGCAGGAGCUCGGCGGGCCCGGCGGAGCAGACAGCCACCCAGACGGAGGUGGAGGAGACCGGGAUCAGCGCCAACGCUUCGCCAAUCGUUCACCGCCGCCGCCCCCCGUCGCCCGCCCCCGCCGGAGUCCGGCCGCCGAGGCUCUGCAGAGCGAGGUUUGGAUGUGGUUUGGCAAAUAAAUUGGGACUGGGAAUCCGUGCGCCUCUCUUUGUCGCGGGCAUUUGAAGGGCCGCCGGUGGUCGGGGGUCGGAGGAGGCGGAGCUUUCCCGCUGCAUCAGAGGCACUUACCUGAGAACGCUCUUGCAACGCUUGAAGUCGAGGAAAAGCAAGAUGUUUCUUUCUUGUAGGCAUUAGCUUGUACGAGUCUUAUCUGCAUGUUAAUGAGAAAUGCACUUGGGUUAAUGCAAAAAACGAAAAAAAAAAAAAAAAACACGCAGGGAUCGCACUUGUGACGUCAGCUUUAUGUAUGUGAGGAACCCCCGAGACCCCCCCCUGAGACCCCCCCGAGACCCCCCCCCGAGCUUUCUGACUGUUUGUGGGCCGUCACUCCACGGGAUUAUAAUCCACCCCGUUUCUGUCAACCCGACCAGCGGCCGCGCUCUCAGCAGGAGGGAAUCCACAGAAAAUUCAUUGAUUAUUACCUGAUCAGUCUUCUCUCCGGUAAAAACGCCAAACAUUGUCUGAUUCCAGCGGCACUGAGAUGCUGAGAGUGUCUUCCUGUUCUCCGUUCAUAUCUUUAUCAAAUGAAUCCUUUUUUUUUUUUUUUUUGGCUGCUGGUCAGACUGAGGAAGACAUUUGAAGGCAUCACUUUGGGUUCUGAUCACUUCUCUGGCUUUGUUUUUCACAUGUAACACACUAAAUGAGUUAAUAGAUUAAGUUAAAAAAAAAUAAUAAUAAUAAUAAUCCACUGAUUAACAAAAUUGAAAAAAGAAAAUUGACUUGCAGCACUAAUUUUGAGGUUUUAUUGUAUUUGACAGAAAGCCUCAAAGUGAGCGUGGAGCUGCUGUUUCCCUCUCAGCGCGGCGGCUCGUGUUGUUGUUUGGUGUUGACAAGAAACCAGCGGCCAUUUCUCUUGUUGUUGUUCCUCACUGACGGUGCGUUCAGGAUCCCUCCAGCUGUGUGGGACAAACUCAACGCGCCGCGUCGAACGCCCUCAUCCUGCUGCUCUCGUCUCCAUCCCCUUCGCGUCGCAGGUCGCUGAACGAAGCAGCUUCAAUCCCCGAAAACAAGGCUGUGAUCACAUAGCAUGUUUUUUUUUUUUUUUUUUUUUUUUCCGUCGACACACCUGUGCCUUUGUAGGUGUGGCUCUGAAGGCCUUGAUCCUGAACCCAGAGGCCGUGUGUCCGUCAGUCAGGUGGACGUUUAAAGGCGGGAUGAGCAGGAUUUGUCUCCUCCCAGGCUAAACUAACCACCGGCAGCCAGUUUUCCUUUCCUAGGAUGGCGACGGAAGAUAUUAUGACGUCACCAUCCUAAGAAAACAAGAGAGAGUCCCGCCGGCCCCUCCCCGUCCGGCGAGGCGUCGCUCCUGAAAGCCAAUCGCAGACGAGCCGUUUCUGCUCGUCAGAUUUCCUCUUUUUUUGUUUGUCACAGUUUGUGAUUUUCGCCGCUUCCUAUUGGACGUGGCGCUUUCAGUCCGGCACCGCGCUGCGCUGUGAUUGGCCGGGAGUGACACGCCCGCCCUCCAGAGGCCGACGCCCAGAAGAGUCCCGAGCUCGGCAAAACAAAGAAAAUCCAGGCAGAGGGCGGGGUCUGCACACACACACACACACACACACACACACACACACACACACACACACACACAGUCAGUCCUGCUCGUUCUGCCUUUAACACAAAACCAAACGUCCCGUGCGGCUCAGAUUGAAAAAUGUCAGUCAGACUUGAGGAAUGAUGUCGCCCAGCGCUCCUCGUGUCCUUUGACCUUUGACCUUUGACCUUUGACCUUUGACCUUUCCUGCUACCAAACAGAAAACAAAAACACAAACAAAAACAAACAGCAUCCUGUGUGAUCACAGCCCGGUCGCCUGCAGCUCAUCACGGCCUCAGAGCCCAGCGUCCAUGUCGGUGUGUGUAUCCAGUCAGCCCGCUCUCUGUGUGUGUGUGUGUGUGUGUGUGUGUGUGUGUGUGUGUGUGUGUGUGUGUGUGAAGCUCUGCUCGGUGUGUGUGUGUGAGCCGCCUCGUGUGCCUGCUGUCCCGCGUCGCUGCCUGAUCCUGCAAACUCUCGUCCACAUUCCCUCCGCAGCGAGGAGCAGGGACCGCCGUGUGUGUGUGUGUGUGUGUGUGUGUGUGUGUGUGUGUGACUAAAAAAACAGAAUGUGAUGACAGUGCUUUGGAUGCAAAACUAAAAAUCGAGCACUCGCCUGCAGUCGUGUUCGGACCGGCUGUGCUUUUAAAAUGGAACUUAUGCAUUUCAACUGAUGAUACUGGAUGUCUUGAACGCUGGACAGACGUGUGUGUGUGUGUGUGUGUGUGUGUGUGUGUGUGUGUGACGGACGGACGCAGGGUUCCCACGCACGUCUGGA